GCCGAUCGCGCCUCGUCCCGAUGGCAAUCUAGCAUAAUCCCGUGGCCAUAGUGUGUUGGUGGUCGUGAUCCUGUGCGCAUCGUUCUCUCGCGAAUAGUGCGAUAGGGCAGUACUAGGCUACUUCGUGCUGUCGGUGGCGACGGCGGUGGCGGAGUUGGUGUCAGUGUUGGCGCAACGAGAACAACCCCGUAAGAACGCUGUGGUGUGCAUCGGAUACUCAAUUAUGUUACGGGGGCGGUCGCGCGCGCCGCUUCUUCAUUGAAUUCGCGACCGAGCAACCACCAUCACCAAUACUAGCAAAGAGAGCGCCGCGUCGGGAUUCGCGGCACGAGAGGAACAAAAAGGACACACACGUACUCAUACUUAGGAAGAGAGAGAGAGAGAGAAGUAGAGAGAAAAUCUGUGUGCUUGGAUUGUCGACAGGGAUUAUCGCGAUAGUUUCCCUCGGACGUGCGAGGAUUCGUUAGUCCGUUCAAGUCGAACCGUCUCUCUGCCCGUCAAUCCAUCUUUCUCUCCCUCGUUCGUCGUCUCCCUCCCUCUCUCUCGUCCAUUGUAGUUGCGUUGUCAGCGCUCUUCCUCUCACCCUUUAAUCCUCCGAAGCACAUAUAUCCUUGUCUCCUUUCAGCAACGCGCUUCGCCCGCCGGGUCGGGAGAAAAGGGUGCUACUCCCUCCCCUGAGAGAGUGAGAGAGAGAGAGAGAGAGGGGGUAACGAGAAAGAGCGGAUAGACAGAGGUACCGGGAGGAAGAGAGACGCUGUCUCGCACGCGUCAUUAAAUGUACGCUGUCGCGUGGAGGAAACCACCCGUCGUUCACGUCGUCUUCGGUCCUCUCCACGUUGUCGAGAGCACGCCAGUACUCGCCCCUUCCCCUCCCUCUUCUUCCCUCCGCAUAUAAGGUCUCGAUCGUCGGCCGUUCCCGAUACGUAAAUGAGUAGUGCUUGCUGGGCUUAGGGAAAGAAGGAAGAAAGAUAAAUAAAAAGAAUAAGUGUCCCGGUGUCAAUGUGCACGCGGCGCCGCACGCUUAUCACAACAGCAUCGGCAGCAGCAUCGUCGGGACGACGGCAUUUCUGAAGACACCUUUACUCGAUACCGGAAAAAAUUCGGCACGAUGAAGAGCAGUGCUCUGAUGAAGAAGGAGAGCAAGAUGCGCAUACGUGCUUUUCCGACAACUAUGGAUGAGAAGUAUGUCGAGAGUAUUUGGACCUUACUGAAAAGUGCUAUCCAGGAGAUACAGAAGAAAAACAAUUCUGGCCUCAGUUUUGAAGAACUUUAUCGCAAUGCAUAUACAAUGGUUCUUCACAAGUACGGUGAACGUUUGUACACAGGAUUAAAGGAAGUCGUGACACAUCAUCUUGAGAACAAAGUGCGAGAAGAUGUUCUUCGGUCCCUACAUAAUAACUUUCUACAAACGUUAAAUCUCGCGUGGAACGAUCAUCAGACAUCAAUGGUGAUGAUCAGGGACAUAUUAAUGUACAUGGACAGAGUGUAUGUUCAACAGAAUGAUGUUGAUAACGUGUAUAACCUUGGACUAAUUAUUUUUCGAGAUCAGGUGGUCAGAUAUGGAUGUGUGAGAGAUCAUUUACGAGAAACGUUAUUAGGUAUGGUCGCAAGGGAAAGAAAAGGAGAAGUUGUAGAUCGUAGCGCUAUAAAAAAUGCCUGCCAAAUGUUGAUGUUACUUGGAAUUAACAGUCGUCAAGUUUACGAAGAAGAUUUUGAAAGGCCUUUUUUACAACAAAGUGCUGAAUUUUAUAGAAUGGAAUCUCAAAAAUUUCUGGCAGAAAAUAGCGCGUCGGUAUACAUAAAAAAGGUCGAAGCUAGAAUCUGCGAAGAAUCCGAAAGAGCGAAACACUAUUUAGAUGAAUCCACUGAGCCACGAAUAGUGGAAGUCGUAGAAGAAGAAUUAAUCAAAAUACACAUGAAAACCAUUGUUGAGAUGGAAAACAGUGGUGUAGUGCAUAUGCUCAAAAAUCAGAAAACUGAGGACCUCGGUUGUAUGUAUAAACUAUUUGCGAGAGUGUCGGACGGAUUACGUACCGUAUGCGAUUGUGUAUCUCAGUUUCUCAAGGAACAAGGUCGCGCCUUGGUGCAGGAAGAGCACGAAUCAACAAACGCCGUUUCUUAUGUCCAGAACUUGUUAGACUUAAAGGAUCGCUUCGAUCAUUUUCUACAUUAUUCUUUCAAUAAUGAUAAAAAUUACAAACAGAUGAUAGCGUCAGACUUCGAAUACUUCCUUAACUUAAACCCUAAAAGCCCGGAGUACCUUUCACUCUUUAUCGAUGACAAGCUGAAGAAGGGCGUCAAAGGAAUGACAGAACAGGAGAUAGAAGGGAUUCUAGAUAAAACUAUGGUCUUAUUCCGCUUUUUACAAGAGAAAGAUGUAUUUGAACGGUACUAUAAGCAACACUUAGCCAAGCGGUUAUUGUUGAACAAGUCUGUUUCAGAUGACAGUGAAAAGAAUAUGAUAUCCAAACUUAAGACUGAAUGCGGAUGUCAGUUCACGUCAAAGUUGGAAGGCAUGUUCAAGGAUAUUACAGUCAGCAACACUAUCAUGGAUGAAUUCAAGGAUCAUGUUCUUACGUCUGGCACGAAUCUACACGGUGUGGAAAUAAGCGUACGCGUACUCACAACUGGCUUCUGGCCGACGCAAUCGGCCACGCCGAAAACUAGCAUACCCACCGCACCACGUGAUGCCUUCGAUGCCUUUCGGCGCUUCUAUCUUGCUAAGCAUAGCGGUCGGCAAUUAACGUUACAACCACAAUUAGGUUCCGCAGACUUGAAUGCGAUAUUUUAUGGACCACGCAGAGAAGAGAGCACUUGCGGUGGUUUGGAUACUCCGUCGUCUUCAAGUUCCCUCGGAAAUGGUAGCAACGCGAGUGGCAGCUUGCUGAGUCAGAGAAGCAGUACGUGUAGUCCACGAAAACACAUAAUUCAAGUUUCCACCUUCCAAAUGUGCGUGUUAAUGCUCUUCAACAAGAGAGAGAGGCUAACAUAUGAGGAAAUUCAAGGUGAAACCGAUAUUCCAGAGAGGGACUUGGUCAGAGCAUUGCAGUCUCUCGCCAUGGGUAAAGCUACGCAAAGAAUCUUACUCAAACACCCUCGUACCAAGGAGAUCGAGUCCUCGCAUUAUUUCUGCGUGAACGACAGUUUUAGCAGUAAAUUACACAGAGUGAAGAUCCAGACUGUAGCAGCGAAAGGAGAAUCUGAGCCUGAGAGAAGAGAGACGCGCAAUAAAGUCGACGAAGACAGGAAACACGAAAUAGAAGCAGCCAUUGUACGGAUUAUGAAAGCCCGAAAGCGCAUGCCUCACAACAUACUUGUGACAGAAGUAACAGAGCAACUAAGAGGUCGAUUUUUGCCUUCGCCUGUAAUAAUUAAGAAACGUAUCGAAGGUUUAAUUGAACGAGAGUAUUUGGCUCGAACACCGGAAGAUCGAAAGGUGUAUACGUACGUUGCUUAAUGCUGAAUUCAAAUAUUGGAUGUGUACAAACAUGUAAGUAAUUUGUAAUAAUAUAUACAUCCUCUGAUAUAUCUCAUAUAAUGAUUCUUCAUAUUUUAUUCACCGAUUCGCGUCAUCGUUAUUGUAUUUCCAUUACAACAUUCAUUAUUUUCUAUUGUCGCUAUUGUUAUCUUCGUUAUUAUUUCACUUCCUGUUUGUGAAUGAGAUUAUGUGCAAGGGAUGUUCCAUACCAACGAGGAAACAAUAUUUCCGGAGAACGUUCCGAUAUAUGAUAACCAUCGACCUUUGCAGCCCAAAUUCAUAACCCGUAAUGUUCUUUGCAGGAAUAUACGAUUGGAAAAGUAAUUGAAAAUGAUAGAGCGUCAACGAUAUCACGAAUAUAGUUUAAUCUUUAUUUUGCCGUAACUGUCAUACAAUAAACAUACACAAACACACACACUCAAUAAACACAAAGAUUAAAGGCUGGAAAGAAAAGGGCGCGUCAUUUUGUUAUCGAACGCUGAAAUCUGUGAGAAAGGUGCUUGAUUACAACGUAUGCAUUAUUUUGCAUGGUCGCAAGUAAAUUUGAUCAUCCGAAAUUAAAAUUUAUCUUAUUAUAUUCCGUAUUUUAUUCGUGCACACUAAAUUGUAACAUAGUACGAGCGAAACACACUCCGCCGUACUUGUUGUGACGGAACAUCCCUGUGAUUGGAAUGAGUAGUAAGAUAUUAUUCUGAUAAUUGAUUAGUUUGGUGGAAAAGGUCGGUAGAUGCGUCGCGCAGAUAAUGAUGAUACGCACUUAGAUUUAUAUUUGGGGACGCGCAUAUCUCUUUCUUUCUGAAUAUUGGAUAGUCGUUCUGCUCCCCCCUCCCCCCCCCCCACACUUUUCCCACGUUUCGAACAUUCGCAUUUGUUUAAUUGCAAUAGAAAAUAACAAUAUGAGCACUCAAUAUAAUAAAUAUGUAUUCUAAAUUAGAUAGACCUUAGUUAACAUGCGUUUCUAACGAUGCAAAAUAUCGUUAAGUUACUGAAGAACUCGAUGAGAUCCGCAUUGAUAAUACCGCAAUUAGGAACUUUUUUACACUUAUAAGACUGUGAUUGUCUACGGUAACAUAAAUACUAUCCGAAUAUAUCGUGAAAUUAGGAAAGAAAUGGUAUUUACAUAUAGUUUUAUUUACGUUGAUGUCUACCGAUUAUACAUGUAAAUAAGCGAUGUGAAUGUAUUACUAAGAAUAUACUUGUCUCAUUUCCAACAUAUCGAGAUUAUUUUCAACGACUUCACACUCUCUAUAUACCCCUAAAUUUAUAUUUACUUCCCAAUGAAACGUAAAAAGCAGACUUUCAAUUUUAUCUUAAAUAGCUCUAUUAUUUUGAGCGUAUAUAUAUAUAUGUGUAUUAGUUCGUUAGGAUAUGCUUGCUCUGUAUAUUGUAUUUAUUUCAAAUCUGUUUCGAUCGUUUAUAAUAAUUAAAAAUAUAUCACAGAUGCUAUUACAUAUCUUUCUCGCUCUCUUUCUCAUGUGCUGUGAUGAACACUCAAUAGCUUCCACCUCUUCCACCCAGCUUUUCAAUUAUUGUUUUCAUACGGCUUAAUAAUCGAUCGUUGACUUGGAAAAACAUGGAAUAUUUAUUAUAGUAUACCAAAAGUGGGGAUCUACGAAUCUGUAAGAGAUGCAGAAUUUGUUAACGGGAUAAAAUAUGCGUAUGAGCUUAAAUAAAGAACGGAGAACUUAAUAAAGUGCUGAAGUUCAAUUUGAACACGUAUUAUGCGGGCUCACGUUGCGUAGAGCAAGAAAAGCGAAACGAGCGACGUCGUAUUUUUAUUUUCAUUUAUAAUCUCUUUAUUUAUUAAUAUAGAAGUUUUAAUAUUUAAACGAAGGUUUUAUCCUUUCUUACACGAGAAACUAAAUAAAAAUCAAAUCCUAUAA